GGGAGUGCGUGGCAGCGUGGGCUGGGGUCACCAGGAACUGUGGACGCAGGGCCAGCGCUAGGUCCCCGGGGGAGCCCUACUCCAGAGACCCUCCCAUUGGAGUCCGGGCCGCUCUCAGCCUUACUCCAGGCUCUCUGACUGGCUUGUGUUCCCCACCAGGACCUCAGUCCCCGCCCCUCACCUCGGAUCACUGAAUCCCCUCGCUAGCCGCGGAGUGGGGGUGGGGAGGAGUGGAUUUUGUCCAAAGUGUCACUUCAAGGGCUGGAGCGUAUGGACCAGUAACGGGGAGUCAGCUUUGGGAUGGGACGUGUGCGUGUGUGUGUGUCUGUGUGUGUACAUACCCGGAUCUUAGCGGAUGGUACAUACCUAGAAUCAAUUUAGGAGCCUUAGUUCGUCACAAACUAGAAUCUUCAGCGCCCCCCCCUCUGGGUUAUGAAGGCCACAAGCGGGUGCCGGGUAAAUCUUGACUUCAAGGAUGUGACAUGCUCCCGCCCCCUUUCCUCCAACUGCAGUCCUCAGUGGUAGAUGGAGCUCUUCCACCUAGGUGGCCCUCUGCGGUGGUGAGCUUUGUAAAAGGUCUGGGUCAGGCCAGAUCCCCCCAGCCUGAUCAUGGCACCAGACACACACUGCUGCUCCAGGGCAGACCUGAGGAGGAGGCUACCCGUCCUGGCCUGGCUGCCCAACUACUCUCUGCGGUGGCUGAGAAUGGACGUCAUCGCUGGACUCUCCGUGGGUCUCACCGUCAUCCCCCAGGCCCUGGCCUAUGCAGAAGUGGCUGGACUCCCGCCCCAGGGUUCCUGCUGGACUUCAUCUCCUGCCCUGUCAUUAAAGGCUUCACAUCCGCUGCCAGCAUCACAAUUGGCUUUGGACAGGUCAAGAACCUGCUGGGAUUACAGAACAUCCCCCGGCAGUUCUUCCUCCAGGUGUACCACACCUUCCUCCACAUCGGAGAGACCAGGGUGGGCGAUGCCAUCCUGGGACUGGUCUGCAUGGUGCUGCUGCUUGUGCUGAAGCUUAUGCGUGAACACAUUCCUCCUCCCCAUCCUGAGAUGCCCCUUGGCGUGAAGUUCAGCCGUGGGCUAGUGUGGACCGUCACAACAGCUCGCAACGCCUUGGUGGUCUCCUUCGCGGCCCUGAUUGCUUACGCCUUCGAGGUGACAGGAUCCCAUCCGUUCAUUCUGACUGGAAAGAUCGCCCAGGGGCUCCCUCCUGUGAGGAUGCCGCCCUUCUCAGUGACCACAGACAAUAAGACCAUCUCUUUCUCUGAGAUGGUGCAGGACAUGGGGGUCGGACUGGCUGUGGUGCCUCUGAUGGGCCUCCUGGAGACCAUUGCUGUGGCCAAAUCCUUCGCCUCCCAGAAUAAUUACCGCAUUGAUGCCAACCAGGAGCUGCUGGCCAUCGGCCUCACCAAUGUGCUGGGCUCCCUAGUCUCGUCUUACCCGGUCACUGGCAGCUUUGGGCGGACAGCAGUGAAUGCCCAGACGGGGGUGUGUACCCCGGCAGGAGGCCUGGUGACUGGUGUCCUGGUGCUGCUGUCUCUGGACUACCUGACCUUACUGUUCUACUAUAUCCCCAAGUCUGCACUGGCUGCCGUCAUCAUCAUGGCUGUGGCCCCGCUCUUUGACGUCAAGAUCUUCAGGAGGCUCUGGCUUGUUCAGAGGCUGGACCUGUUACCACUCUGCGUGACAUUCCUGCUGUCCUUCUGGGAGAUCCAAUACGGCAUCCUGGCAGGGACCCUGGUGUCUUUGCUCAUUCUCCUGCACUCUGUAGCUAGACCCAAGACCCAGGUGUCAGAGGGACAGAUUCUUGUUCUCCAGCCGGCCAGCGGCCUGCACUUCCCUGCAGUUGAUGCCCUCCGAGAGGCAAUGACGAAGAGGGCCCUGGAAGCAUCCCCACCACGUUCUGCGGUUCUGGAGUGCACGCAUGUCAGCAAUAUAGACUACACCGUGAUUUUGGGACUCGGUGAGCUCCUGGAGGACUUCCAGAAGAAAGGUGUCACCCUGGCCUUUGUUGGCCUACAGGUGCCCGUGCUCCGCACACUCUUGGCUGCUGACCUCAAGGGUUUCCAGUACUUUACCACUCUGGAGGAGGCAGAGAAAUCCCUGCAGCAGGAACCAGGGACUCAGCCUUACAGCAUCCGUGAAGACACUGCCCCAGAGCACAGGAGCUCCCUACUGAAGUCUCCCUCGGGCCCCUGAACGGCAGCUGGUAUAGGAAGGGUCUCUGGAAGGUUCUGUCGCUGUGACUUGGUGUCACCUGAUAGACUCACCAACCUGGCGGGACUGAAAUGGCUCUAGGGAAGAGCAGGGAGCCAUGUGUGAUUCCGGGGUGUCCCCUAGGUGUGAGUAUUUGAGGGGUGGGGUGGCUAGACAGUCUUCCAGAGAGAGAGAGAGAGAGACCAAGAAAGGUGGGGAAUCAUGUCUUUUGGCCUGGGCUGGCAGGGUAAGCUGGCAUUUUCCAGAUCUCAAGUCCUUCUUUGGAAUCAGACCCUACCAGAGAAGAGUCAGAGAGACCGGGCAUCUCAGAGAUGUGUCUGACCAUGGCGUGAAGACGAACCUGAGCUGAAGAGGCGACCACAGUGUGCCACACAAGGUCAAUUCUGUUUAAAAUCACGUGUUUUGAAGUGGAAGUCACUCUGGUGUUUUUGUAAAGCAAUACGAACACUAAUCCUUGGCUUUUU